UGAGUUACUCACAAGGAUUUAAGUAUUCUUCUUUAUAAAUCUCAAUUCUCUCGUCUCUCUCUAAACAACUAAACCCCACACACAGAGAUGGAACCCAAAGAAGCAAAUGAAGCAGAGGCAAUGCUUAGAGGGCAAGCAGACAUAUGGAGAUAUAUGCUCUGUUUUGCGGAUUCAAUGGCCCUCAAAUCUGCCGUCCAACUUCGCUUAGCUGACAUCAUCAAAUCUCACGGCUCUCCCCUCACUCUCUCUCAGAUUGCCGCCUCCAUUGCUUCUUCCUCUGCCUCUCCAAACAUUUCCUUCCUCGCUCGCAUCAUGGCACUCCUCGUCCGCCGCAACAUCUUCGCCGCACACCACCCAUCCGACGGCGGCGAAACCCUCUACGGCCUCACCCACUCCUCCCGCUGGCUCCUCCGCGACUCCGACCUCACCCUCGCCCCCAUGAUACUCGCCGAGCUUCACCCCUGGCUCCUCGAUCCAUGGCACCGUUUCGCCCAAGGCGUCAGAGAAGGCGGCAACCUCUUCCACAAGGCCAACGGCCUCCAUUUCUGGGACUUCGCUGCCAGAAACCCCCAAUUCAACCGAUUGUUCAACGACGCCAUGGCCUCCACUUCCAAGGUCGUCAUUAACGCAAUCCUCUCUGUUUACAAAGACGGGUUCAACUCGGUGGGGUCGCUGGCGGACGUCGGCGGCGGAAUCGGGGGCGCCGUGUCGGAGAUCGUGAAAGCGUACCCCCACAUGAAGGGCAUCAACUACGACUUGCCGCACGUGGUGAGCACGGCGCCGGCGUACCCAGGGGUGACCCACGUGGGAGGCGACAUGUUUGAGAGCGUUCCCAAGGCCGACGCCAUUUUUAUGAAGUGGAUACUGCACGAUUGGGACGACAAGGAGUGCGUGAGAAUUCUGGAGAAUUGCAAGAAGGCGAUACCGGAGAAAACAGGGAAAGUGAUUAUAGUGGAAGUGGUGCUGAAUCCGGAAGGAGAGGGCCCAUUUGACGACACUGGCUUGUAUUUUGAUCUGCUAAUGUUGGUGCAUUCCAACGGAAAAGAGAGGACAGAGAAGGAGUGGAAGAAAAUAUUGGAGGAAGCAGGGUUCCUUCGCUACAAACUCCUUGCUCUUCCUGCAAUAACUUCAAUUAUUGAAGCUUAUCCUUUCUAAAUUUAGAGGAUCUCUCAAUGUAUUACUUCUGGUUUAGUCGUAAGAUCCUCCAUUUUUUUUGUUUUAAUAUAUUUACCUUUGAGAAGGGAAAAAAAAACUAUUCAAAGA